UUCUUAAAUACCUCUGUACCUCAACUUCAACAACUAUUUGAUGGAAUGACAUUGUAAUAAAAAUUAAAUAGCACUCAUGUUUGGAUAACGGCCAAAAUUAGAGAGUGAACUUACCUAGAAGUGAUUUUAAUAGAGUCCAGCAGUGAUUUGUUGGAAAUCGUGAUAACCGGAAAGCCGGAGGUUAUAUGGACGAAUGAUAGUAAAUUUAUGAGGUGAAACAUGUUGACGUAUGAGCUUUCCGUUUUAUUAAAGCUCCUACCUAAGGAGGAAAUGACAAAAGUGUUGAAGAGAACAGCCUCGGCAAUAUUUGAAAAAGGAGGUGUUAUUAAAAAGUUAGACAACUUGGGUCAGCAAAAGUUACCUUAUAAAACAUCAAAGCAUGGGAUGGUGCAUCUGGAGGCACACUACUUUAAUCUGGCCUUUAUUGCUCCACCAUCUAAAAUCGAACAGUUGGAAAUUGAGUAUGAAAGGGAUGUAGAUAUAAUAAGAAGCAAGAUAUAUAAAUCAAUUGUGCCAAGCGAUUUUGAAUGCCGUUUGGAGGAAGAAUUAAAACCAGCACCUUACCGACUGGAGGUUCAGGAAAUGAUCGAAGAAAUGAAAAAGAAAGAAGCCAGACGACCAUCCUUUAAAUACAACACAAAUUUAGAUUAUUAUCCGUUCCAAAAAUAAUAUUUCAAGUCUGUUUAAACUGUUUUGUAGAAAUAAAUUUUAUAUUUAUGAAUGUUCAAUUUGUACGUAAGGGAACACAACGUUCAACAUAAUUUACUCUUAAAAUCCUGAUAGUUAUUUCCCAUAUUAAAGGCUCGUCUGCAGUUAAGUCACCACAUUCACUGGAGGAUGGAAAAUAACACUUGAUUAAUUGUAAAUUAUUAAUUGCAAAUUGUAAAAAAAAAGAUAAAACAAAGAAUUGACUGAAAAAAUGAUCGGAGAUGACAAUUAGAUUUCUGAAUUAGGUGGUGUGUUUGUGUUGUAAA